AUGGCGAUCGCAGGUGAGAAAGAAGACAAUGCGCGGGGCUCCGGCGCUCCUACAUACGAGGUGAAGGGAAAAGACGGACUUCUCACGGCCACAGCAGUAGAGGUCGACUCCAGCCAGUUCGAGGCCGACCUCAACAUCAGCGGGGAUGACUUGGCAGUCGCCGAAGAGUACGCCAAAACACUGAAUUUGGAAGAUGUACGAAAGAUCCUCGAACAUGUCAUCAAAAUCCAUGAAAACGAUCAAAACUUCCCCAUCGCCGUGCUCGAGAAGAUGGAGGAGUUCCUCAGCAACGAGGACGUUCUCUCCAAUCCCGAGGCGCACGAGAAGCUCAUCCACGAAAUGAAAAUCGAGGCGGCUCUGAUCUACAACAAUAGUCCUUACGCCGAGGUCCGUGCCGUGGUCGACAACACGGACGAUCCGUCCAUUCCCAGCUCCACGAUUCGUGCUUGGACCAUUGGACUCCUGUUCGUCAUUGCAGGUGCCUUUAUCAACCAGCUGUUCAAUAUCCGUCAGCCCACCAUCAAUGUCGAGGCCAAUGUUGCUCAGCUGCUUGCCUUUCCACUUGGUAAAGCCUGGGAGAAACUGAUGCCUGAUUGGCGAUUCUCCCUUUUUGGCAACGAAAUCAGUCUGAACCCCGGCCGUUUCUCGAAGAAGGAGCACAUGCUCAUCACCAUCAUGGCAAAUGUGGGCUUCAAUGUUCCUUACACAAAUUACAUAGUCUGGACCCAAUACCUGCCCAAGUUCUUCAACCAGUCCUACUCCGGAAACUUUCUAUAUCAGAUCCUCAUCGCGUUGGGUACAAAUUACAUCGGCUAUGGUGUUGCCGGAAUUUGCAGACGAUUCUUAGUCUACCCAGCCCAUUGUGUUUGGCCAUCCUCUCUAGUCACCAUUGCCUUGAACGCCUCGUUCCAUGAAGAUAAGGACACCCCAGUAAUCGGCCCGUUAAAGCGUAUGUUCACGACCUCUCGCCUACGAUGCUUUCUCUUUUGUUUCGUCGGCAUGUUCUGCUAUUUUUGGUUCCCCAACUACAUCUUCCAGGCCCUAAGCUACUUCAACUGGAUGACUUGGAUUGCCCCCAACAAUGUCAAUCUCAGCGCCGUCACCGGCAUGGUGAACGGCCUCGGCAUCAAUCCCAUCCCAACCUUUGACUGGAAUACUCUGCUUUUCCUGGAGGGAAACUCACCGUUGGUGCUUCCAUUCUUCUACUGGGCCAACCAGCUGGUCGGAAUGCUCGCGACAGUCCCAGUCAUCCUCGGCAUCUGGUAUUCCAACAUCUACAACACGGGUUACCUGCCCAUCAACUCCAACCGCGUGUUCGACAACAUGGGCCAGGAAUACAACAUCAGCCGGGCCAUCGAUUCACGCGGCAUGUUUGACGCCAGCAAAUACGAGAACUACUCGCCGGCAUACCUCGCGGCCUCCAAUCUUCUAGUCUAUUUCUCCUUCUUCGCCAUCUACGCAGCCACCAUAACCUACGCCUACCUCUGGCAUCGCCAUGAGAUCUGGAUGGGCUUGAAGGGCAUGUUUAAGCGUGGAGAGAAGACUGCGUACCAAGACGUUCACAACAGGCUCAUGUCGGUGUAUCCAGAAGUAUCCGAAUGGUGGUACCUCGCCGUACUCCUCGUCGCCAUCGGCUGCUCGAUCGGGGGUGUGGCUGGAUGGGAGACGUACACGAGCCCCGGUGUUGUGUUCUACGGUCUCGCUCUCUGCCUGGUCUUCGUCAUCCCCGUUGGCCUGAUCUACGCCAUCACAGGGCUGGAAGUGACGUUGAACGUCAUCGCCGAAUUCAUCGGGGGGUCAUGGGUCGCCGGCAACGCUCUGGCCAUGAACUACUUCAACUACGUGACCUGCUCCCACGCCCUCCGCUUCUGCAACGACCUCAAGCUCGCCCACUACGUAAAGGUGCCACCCCGCCACACCUUCUGGGCGCAAAUCGUCGGCACCUUCGUCUCGAGCUUCGUCUGCACGGCCGUCAUGAACUUCCAGAUGAACAACAUCCCGCGGGUCUGCGAGUCCGACCAAGCCAACCACUUCACCUGCCCGGGCAUCAACACCUUCUUCACGGCCGCCGUCCUCUGGGGCACCAUCGGGCCGAUCAAGGUCUUCGGCCGCGGCGGCCAGUACACCUGGCUGCUCCUCGGCUUCCCCAUCGGGCUCCUCUUCCCCGUGCUCGCCUACUACGCGCGCAAGAAGUUCCCCAAAGCCCGCUGGCUGCGCUUCGUGCAUCCGGUGUGCGUGUUCAACGGGCCGAUAUCGUGGGCGCCGUACAACGUCUCGUACCUCUGGCCCACCGUCCCCGUAUCCUGGCUCUCGCACAUCUACCUCAAGACGCGCCACACGGGCUUCUGGGCGAAAUACAACUACGUCGUGUCCGCCGCGUUUUCCGCCGCCAUCGCCAUCGCCGCCAUUGUCAUCUUCUUCGCGCUGCAGUGGUCGAGCGUCGAGAUUGAUUGGUGGGGGAAUAGCGUUUCGUUUAGGGGGUGCGAGGGCGAUGCGUGUACGGCGUAUACGUUGGUGGAGGGGGAGUACUUUGGGGCGAGGUUGGGGGAGUUUAGUUGA